AGGAGUGGCGAGAGUAAAAGGAACGAAUUAAUACGAGUAAAUCAUACGAGGAGAGGAUGUAAACUCUUUAACCAGAAGAAUCUGACGCAGUAGGUUACUCGAUCGACUCUGGAAUAGUAGAAAAGAGGUCUGACGACAUCUGACAUUUGAAACGAACAUGGGUACGCGCACAAAGGAAACCGAGACGAAGAGAACGGUGACUUGGCCACAAUGGAUCGGUGGUAUUGGCGUAGGUCUCCUGUUAAUGCAGAUAGGAUUAUUAGCAGGAUGGUCCUCGCCCUACAUAGAACGAUUAUUAACCGGUCAAUCGUUCAUACUGAUAACGGUCAAAGAGGCAUCACUGAUCGUAUCGUUUCUUAAUUUAGGAAGACUUUUUGGCGCAAUUAUCGGCGUUAUAUUCGUGAAUAUUUUCGGUAGCAGAAAGUCGAUACUAAUAUGCACCAUACCGAUGAGCUUUUGUUGGAUCUUCACGAUAAUAGCCGACAGAAUCUUUUGGUUAUAUCUCGGACGAAUUUGCGGUGGUAUUUCCAUGGGGAUUAGUUACUCUUGCUUUUCUCUCUAUUUAGGUGAAAUCGCCGAUUCGAAUAUACGUGGUGCUUUGGUGACAGUCGGCAUGGCCGGCGUUUCGUGCGGGACACUCUUUAUAUUCCUCAUGGCAUGUUAUUUAUCCUUCAGGAUAUCGGCCAUCGUUAAUCUUAUAUUUAAUAUUAUUCUUACGAUAUUGUUCAUUUGGCUACCGGACACUCCUCAUCAUUUGGUGAAAAAAAAUCAAGACGAGAAAGCCAAACAAUCGAUCCUUUGGUAUCACAGAGAUUCCAACGUCGAUGUAGAAUUAUCGAACUUGAAAAAUUUCUACAACCAGUUCGACGAGUCUACGUUCGUCGCGCUUAAACAAUUUAAAAUACCACAGAUAAGAAAUGCGAUGCUAGUUACCAUCGCAUUAUUCUUUUACACACAAAUGUGCGGUCUCAAUACGAUACUAUUUUAUAUGGAAACUAUCCUAAAAUCGGCACAAGUUGACUUUAUCGAACCGUCCUUCAUCGUUAUUAUCGUCACUAUAUUUGGAAUAAUGGCCUCAUUGAUAUCGAUGACACUCAUCGAUACGUUCGGAAGAAAAAUUCUCAUGUGUUGCUCUUGUUUAAUGGUUAUAAUAGCACUGUCCAGUCUGGGAACGCACUUUCAACUUUUAGAUAUGAACGUUGAUCCAAAAAUGAUACAAUGGCUGCCGAUAGUUUGUAUAAUAUUGUUUGAAAUGGCCGCCUUCGUGGGAUUACUUCCGGUACCAAGUGCCGUAGUAGGAGAAAUAUUUCCACCUAAUAUAAAAUGUGUCGCUGCGAGUAUAUCAAGUAUAUUCGCUUCUUUAUUUGCACUCGUAGCAGCUGGAACUUAUCAAAUAUUAGUCGAUCUAAUAACUAAAAAAUAUAUUUUUUGGAUGUAUUCGAUAAUAAUGAUUACCGCCAUACCAGUUACGAUCAUUUUUCUACCAGAAACAAAAGGGAAAACGUUACAGGAGAUACAGAAUAAGUUGAUGAAUGGAAAAUUGAAAGAAGUUAAGAAUAUAAACGAGAGAAACGAAACUAGCAGAUUUUGAAGAUUUGCAAAAGUAUGCGACAUUUCUACUUAUUUGUAAAUUAUGUGUA